UGCUUUUAUUUGCUCUAACAAUUUUGUCAUUCUAUAUUCUUUAUGCUUCUUUAAACACCGCAACACUGGGUGGCAGUAAAAUUCAAAAGCAUUGUAAUGGACCGUCUUCUUUACCAAGUGUAGUCAAAACCCAAAGGUGCCAGCAGUUCCAGCAACCACUCAGCUGCCAUACCUAAAUAUGAGUUUAGAUUCGGAUGUUAUUGACUGAAUGCUGCAGUAGCUAGAAAUGAUGGUGCUGCUGCUGUCAGAUGCUGAAAAACGUCACGAAGGACACAGGCCGAACUACAGGGGUAGAACCAUGUGGACAGGAGGUGUUCCCUAAUCUUCCCCCACUCGUCCCUCUUCUGGCCUUUUUACCUGGUGCACUUUAGUAACCAUGACGUCUACACUGCAGACUCUGGCCUUUAAACUGGCUCCACCCCCAAAAGAAGUUGGGCCAGAACCAUUGGAGCCUUGUGAUGAGGGGGCGGGGCAUCGCUAUGAGGUGGUGCCCUCGGUUGUAUGUUCCAUGUGCUGCCUGUUUGGCAUCAUCUACUGCUUUUUCGGCUACCGCUGCUUUAAGGCGGUGCUUUUUCUGACCGGCCUGAUGUUUGGCUCAGUGGUGGUCUUCCUGCUGUGCUACAAGGAGCGAGUGCUGGACACACAACUGAGCGCAGAGGCGAGCGCAGGAAUCGGCCUGGGCAUCGGCACGCUGUGCGGCCUGGUGACCAUGCUCGUGCGCAGCGUGGGUCUCUUCAUGGUGGGUCUGCUGCUGGGCCUUCUGGCAGGUAUCGGGACGCUGGUGGGUAUGGAGGAGCUGUCGUCUGCACCACCCCGCUCCGUUUGGGUGCCGCUGGGAGUGCUGCUGGGUCUGGGCAUGCUGUUUGCUGUGCUCACUCUGCAGUGGCAGCGCUGCUUUACCACGCUGUCCACAGCGGCGUUCGGAGCGGCCGUCAUCGCCGUGGCUGCUGAUUACUUUUUAGAGCUGUUUGCUUUGGUGCGCUACAUUUAUGAGCGGGUUAAGGCUGUACCUGCGAGACCACAGUGCUGGGUGACGUGGGCUGUGCUGGGAGCCUGGCCUGCUCUCGCAUUGUUGGGCGCUCUUGUUCAGUGGCGGGUGACGGGCGAGGGCUACUCCCACACUAAAGUGAUGAUAAGCCGUCAGCAGCGGCGGGUACAGCUAAUGAGAAUCCGGCAGAAGGAGGAAAGGAGAGAGAGCAGCCGGAAGAAGAAAAGGAAGCAGCAUUCUCAGCACUCGCAUCAAACACACUCAGGCAAAUCCAUGCACCCAGAUCCACCAUACCGCAGGAAACCCCAACCCGUCCGUCGAUACGAUGGAGACGUCCUCUCUCCGAGCUACAUCCAAAGUUUCCGUGAGAGGCAAGGGGAGGGGUGUGUGUACCCAGGAGCCAGGCUGUCUGGAACACACACAGCCUUGGACAUGGACUACGACUGCGGCUCUACCGUGCCUCUCACCACCGGGGCUGGGCCUAACCUCCGAGUGUGACCACACGCAACAUCGACACAAACAGACACUCUACACACUCAUCUCUCUGUUCUGGUGCUGUUCCUGGCCUGCCUGAGUGUGUGUGUACACAGCUCAAGACCUUUGUGUCAACACUUCGUGGGUGGCACUGUACAGAAAACAAACGGGGCCGACAGGCCUGAGCAUGUUACUGAGCAUAUUCAAGAUUCACACACACUCAAACACACCCACGACAAAUUUCGCACACGAUUUUGGAACAUCUGCCUGAGCUGUGGCACCUCACUCACCGAAUAGUCUUAUGAGAUAAGGUGUAAAAGAGGUUAUUUUGCACAUAAUAUCAGUGUGCUAAAGCCAUUCAGAAACAUUCGAUGUCUGUCUGUCUGUUCUGCGUGAGAACUCUCUCUUGGUGCUCGAUCUCGUCCUUGUAACAUAGCUCCGACCUCCCUUUUGUUGUAAAUUGGAAUUCCGUACCAUCAUCCCACAUUGUAGUCAUGGAAUGUACCAAAUAGCUGUGCAUGGGGAAGAGGGGGUUGCUUAGAGCAAGGCUCCAUCUGGAGGUCGACUCAGGAGAAUCUGUUCCUUAGCCUUAAUAAGGCUGCAGAGGAAAGAGCCAUAUUACAUACCGCAAACCAACUGGUGCAUUCUGGGAGCGCAGUUUCUGCCGGUGACAAGACAAUGCAAAAGAACAGCAAAACCGAUUACUCAGGGACAGCUGGAACAGUGUAAUAGCAAAAACACACUGGUGAAGAUGAGAAAUAGAAUGUGAAAUUUGCUGUCCUUGUUUCACACCAGAUGCACAGAGUGCCACAUCUGUACACUUCAUCAUAAGCAGUGUUUCAUACUAGCCACAGUACACUGUUAGUAGUAGUCUAUUUCAGCUACGCUAUAAACCAAAAAUCCUGUUUUGGUAAUUCAGUCAAUUAAUUAGUGGCAUGCAGUCUACCAUCCAGCCAUCAUUUAUUCCAUAGAAAUGUAGCGAAAUGGGUCACAAUCACUCAGGAGGCUUAAUUUGUUAAAGCAAAUGUUUUUUUUAUGUUUGUGCUUUUUGCUGUGCUAUUUACCACUGCCGAGUACCUAUAUCUUAAGAACCGACUUGGACAGGUUUGCUAGAGAGACAAACUGCCAACAUACAGGGUUGGACAAAAUAACUGAAACACCUGUCAUUUUAGUGUGGGAGGUUUCAUGGCUAAAUUGGACCAGUCUGGUGGCCAAUCUUCAUUAAUUGCACAUUGCACCAGUAAGAGCAGAGUGUGAAGGUUCAAUUAGCAGGGUAAGAGCACAGUUUUGCUCAAAAUAUUGCAAUGCACACAACAUUAUGGGUGACAUACCAGAGUUCAAAAGAGGACAAAUUGUUGGUGCACGUCUUGCUGGUGCAUCUGUGACCAAGACAGCAAGUCUUUGUGAUGUAUCAAGAGCCACGGUAUCAAGGGUAAUGUCAGCAUACCACCAAGAAGGACAAACCACAUCCAACAGGAUUAACUGUGGACGCAAGAGGAAGCUGUCUGA